GGGAUUGGCGUUGUGUUUAAGGGCCAUAAAUUAAAUAAAAAUUGAAACAGAGGAUCAUCAAGACCAAUUAGGGGUCCACGAGAAAAAAGUUUGAGAAUCUCUGGAUUAGAUCAUAAAUUCCAUUUAUAAAUAGUGUUAUGUUAACGAACUUCAAUUGUAGAAUAAAAUGGCAGAUGGUUUUGUUCGGCCACUUCGCUGUAAUGUCGUGUUUCCUGAUGCGCCAACAAUAAGGUAAUUGUAACUCAGAUGCUGUGGGUUGUCCGACACGUAGAGACCGUAGGUCACAAGAUGUGUAAAUAAAGAUACGGGAAUAAAAGAGAAAUAUAGUAUAAAAUUAAAAAAAGAGUCGUGAUCGAUCUUAGCUGGUAGGUGAAUCAUGCGAGUGGAAAUACCGGAUUGCAAGCGGUGUUGUUGUUUUGUACCUUUGAGAUACGGGAUUAUCGUUCUUGGAUAUCUUAAUUUGAUAUUCGCUCUGCUGGUAGUGAGUUUGGAGACAUGGCUGGCCGUGGGGGACUCGAGCAAGCUCACGAUGAGCAUGUACAGAGGCCUCUCAUUCUAUACUCAGAUGUGGCUGCCCGUGUUCCUCUAUACACUGGAGAUCGUUUUCAACAUCAUUCUGCUCAUUGGAGCUCAUUUGAAAAAGAAGAGUCUCCUUCGCAUCUACUACUACUACGGAAUAACAACAACAUUAGCUUCUUUCUUCACAUUAUUCGUGGUGAAACAUCGACAGAUACACCAUGACUUUGAGAACACCAUCAUCGAUCUAUCAUUCGUCUUCUGCGGCUUUGCUUUACAGAUCUAUCUGCUUCUCCUGAUUAGAACUGAACUAAAGAAGCUACGAAGUGCACAAUUGAGUUUUAUAAACCACGUAUCAGAAGUUAUGGUGGACGCAUCCCAUAGCGGACAUGGAAGAAAUCCUUUAUAAAUUAUUCUUAUUAUUUUCUACUACUUAUAUCCUUAAAUGGUUAUUUAGAUAGUUGUUUAGAGUAGAUUUAGAGCGCGCGCAUACCGUUGACAAAACUAUCGCACAAUUGUUUAGUCUCGCUUUGAUUCUAUGAGCUUAUA